UCAGUAUUUUGAACAUUUUCCCACUACCACUGUCUCCAAGCCCGCUGUCCCGCCACUGUAGCAGGCCAUGGCCUUAUCCUGCUCCGUCGCCACCAGGUAUCCUUCAGUUUACCCUCUCCGGCGCAGCUCGUGCGCUGCUGUUUUGUCAGCUGGAUGUCAUCCAACAACUGGGUAUUCUGCACAGCUUUUCGUUCCCGAGGUUGUAAAAGCAGUGGAUUCUUUGUAUUCGGAUUUUAGGGAAGUUGAUAAUUUGGUGGCGCACAAUGCUACUCGUGUUCUUAAAGCCUUCCAGAACGCUAGAGUUGGAUCUCAUCAUUUUGGUGGAAGCACAGGUUAUGGGCAUGAUGAAGGUGGGGGGCGCGAGGCAUUGGAUAAUAUUUUUGCUGAAGUGUUUGGAGCAGAAGCAGCAAUAGUGCGUUCACAGUUUUUUUCGGGAACACAUGCCAUCACUUGUGCUUUAUUUGCUAUUCUGAGGCCUGGGGAUGAGCUUUUAGCAGUUGCUGGAGCUCCUUAUGACACAUUAGAGGAAGUCAUUGGAAUUAGAAACUCUCCUAGAAUUGGAUCCUUAAAGGAUUUUGGAGUUUCUUAUCGGGAAGUUCCUCUUUCAAUAGUUGGAGGCCUAAACUGGGAUGCUCUUGCUAAUGCUGUAACGCCCCAAACGAAGUGUUCCUUCAUUCAAAGGUCAUGCGGAUAUGCAUGGCGUAAAAGCUUGAGCAUACUAGAGAUUCAGAGAGCAAUAGAAAUAAUCAAGAUGCAAAAUCCAGACUGCAUGGUCAUUGUGGAUAACUGCUAUGGGGAAUUUGUAGAAGCAUACGAGCCACCCAUGGUGGGCGCGGAUUUGAUUGCUGGAAGUUUGAUAAAGAAUCCAGGUGGGACAAUUGCACCUUGUGGUGGAUAUGUUGCCGGGAAGAAAUCCUUAGUUGAGAUGGCGGCAGCCCGCCUUUCGGCACCUGGUCUCGGGGUUGAUUGUGGGUCAACUCCUGGUGAUGUAAUGAGGUUGCUUUUCCAGGGGUUAUUCCUCUCACCUCAAAUGGUUGGAGAAGCUAUAAAGGGAGGUUUACUCAUCGCUGAAGUAAUGGCGUCAAAAGGAUUAAAAGUCCAACCACUCCCAAGGCAUCCUCGCCAUGAUACUGUUCAGGCUGUACAGCUAGGGUGUCGUGAGCGUCUUAUAGCUUUCUGUGAGGCUGUUCAGAGAAGUAGUCAUAUAGGAUCUUUCAUCAAACCAACUGCUGGAUGUACACCUGGAUAUGCCUCAGAGGUGAUCUUUGCUGAUGGGACAUUUAUUGAUGGAAGCACAAGUGAGCUGUCAUGUGAUGGGCCAUUGCGGGAACCAUUUACAGUAUUUUGCCAGGGAGGAACACAUUGGACUCAAUGGGCAUUUGUUUUAGGAAAAGUUUUAGAAACCAUCUAACAACUGACAGGUAGAUGGGAAGCCUCUUCUAAGAGCCAAAUGGUCUACUGUCACUUCUGCAAAAGGUUGAUUAAUCCCUAACAUUUUGUCUGAUUCUGCAUUGUGGAAGGAUGCGACUGCUUACCCUGUCCCCUUUCAACUAUAGGCAUGCAGUAAGCCAUAGUUGGUUUAUGUUAACAAUAUUAAAGAUUACCAUUAAGAUUCUUAUAUUGUUUGUCAACUACUACUUUUUUGUUAAUUCAGUCGUGCAAGGGAGUGGUGCUUUCUUUCUGCCUCCUGAAUAUUGCAGAUAUGAUUCAGAAGUUGAAAUGACAGCUUUUUUCAUUCAGUUUA